AUGAAAACAAACUAAUAUGAAGGGAAAUUUGUGACAAGAUGUCUCUCAUAUAAACAGUGAAGUGGCGUUUUUGCACUUUCCAUUUUAGUUUUAACCUCACAGAUGUAUAAUGUGUCCUCCCUCCUGUACGGAGCCUCCGGAGCUCUUUCCGUCUGUGUCACCAUGGGGAUCAAAGCUGCACUUCCCAAAUAUGAGAUCUACUUCUACAACACAGUGCUUUGUCUGGCCAUGUUCUGGGCUUCCAGCUGGAUCUUUGACCUGUCCAGUUCCAGUGCAAACAGAAAAACAUUCAAAACCGGCGUGAAGCCAGGAUGGUACUACUUUGGGAGGAAAAUGGAUACGGCUGAUUUUGAGUGGAUGAUGUGGUUUUCCACCUUCAGAGCACACAUCCUGUUUGCCCUCUCUGGCCAUGUGCUGUUCGCCAAGAUCUGCUCCAUGUUGGCUCCACAGUACAGGUCCCUGGUCUACAUGGUGUAUGGGUUGCUGGCCGUGUGGACCAGUAUGGGCUGGACCUACGUCACCCUCAUCCUGUCCCACUGCAUUCUGCUCUACAGCAUCUCCUUGGUGAAAGUCCGCUGGCUCUGCUUCGUCACCGGUCUUUGCACCCUCGCUACGUUCAAGUGUGAACCCUUCGUGUCCUGGCAGACGGGCUUUGUGGAGGGUGACUUUGAGCUGCGUCAUGUUCUCUUCUAUGGAGGUUGUGGGUUUACUAUCAUGCGCUGUAUGAGCUUUGCUCUGGAGAACUGCGAGAGGAAAGAUGGAAACUACAACAUCCUGGAGCUGCUCAAGUACAACUUCUACCUCCCCUUCUUCUAUUUCGGGCCCAUCAUGACCUUUGAUAAGUUUCAUAUUCAGGCCAACAAGUCCGACCUGACCAGGAAAGAGCGGGAGAUGUGGAACAUCAGUCUGCAGGGCCUGAUUCACCUGGGAGCCAUCAUUGUAGUGGACGUCCUCUUCCAUUUCCUGUACAUCCUCACCAUCCCCACCGACCUGAGGCUGCUGAAGCAUGCCUCUGACUGGGCUCUAGUGGGCCUAGCUUACUUUAACCUGGUGUACGACUGGGUAAAAGCCGCCGUCAUGUUUGGAGUCAUCAACACAGUGUCCAGACUGGAUCAUCUGGACCCUCCCAAGCCACCAAAAUGCAUCACUAUGCUCUACGUGUUUGCUGAAACUCAUUUUGACAGAGGGAUCAAUGAGUGGCUGUGCAAGUACGUGUACGAUUACCUGGGUGGAAAACAUGAGAAUGUGGUGCAGGAGCUGGUGGCUACACUGUGCACCUUCGGCGUCACCAUCCUGUGGCUGGGACCCUGCGAGGCGGUGCUUGUCUGGGCUUUCUUUAACUGUUUCGGCCUCAACUUUGAGCUGUGGACCGCCAAGUUCUUCUCCAUGGAGCCUUUUGCUUCGUUUGAGAUGGCCAUGCCAGAAGCAACAUCCCGCCGGAUCAGAGCCAUCUUCAAUACUUUGAACUUCUGGACCAUUGUGUUAUACAACAUCCUGGCCUUGAACAGUUUGGACUUUGCCAAGUUGGUCGCAAAGCGGCUGCUUCUUAAAGGCUUCCCUAUAACCACCAUCAUCGUCAUGUUUGUGACCUACUGCCUGAUUCAAGUGAUUAAGGAGAGAGAGAGGAAGCAGGCCCUUAUCGAUGAUCCCGAUCCUCUUCCUCCUGCUCCCCCUCAGAGCGCCGCCACUGCUGCAGCUGCACCCACUGCUGCUCAACCAGUCGCAGAUCCCAACAAGGAAAAAGCAGAGUAGAUGUUUGAUGUUGGCUUCACUAAAAGCGAAGGAUGUAAACAGUCAAGAGUAUGAUUGGUUGUCAACAUUUUUAAACCAUGAAUUGUGAAUUGAUGCUCAGUAUUAACUGUAAAUACGUUUACCACCAUUUAACUGUUUAAGACACUUACUUAAAUAUGAUAUAAUAGUAUAAUCUCAAGUAGCCACUGAAAAUGAACAAGAAUAAGUGUAACAACACUGUAGGAGUGUCAAAACUGAAACCUUUAUCAUCAAUGCAAGAA